AGGAAAGUGAUUUUGUGAUUAUUUGAGUUUGCCAGUAAAGUAAGGCUCUUCCCCCUGACCUGCAACAACAUCUUGUCUACUCUGCGCCUCUGCCACCUCACACCAGAGACACAUAUGAGUGUGCUUCUCAGGCGGGCAAAACAGCGACACCCGGGCUCCUGAUGAUGAGAGCCGACGUCAGACUGGUUUCCAUGAAUAUUGAUGUGGAGGAUAGUCUGUUUCAUAGAAGAACAGAAGGAGGCAAGAUGGCUGCCCUUUAGGAUUUGUUAAAGAGGAGAUCCAGACGGUUUGUUGGAAUUUCUACAAAGUGGAGGGACGUAAAAAGGAGCAGGACGGACAGAGGGCAGCCCUGUGGAUGGACUCUGAGCAGGCCAGAUGGAAACAGAACAGGCCAGACAUGAGACGGAAGAAAGUUUAAUAUUAUCACAAUUUGGCACAUCUCGCAACAUCUCUCGCAAACUCCAGAAUGGAAGCCAAUCUUCAGAGAGAGAUCCUCUGCAGAUCACUGGAGAUACGAAUUGGAACCAUUACAAGCCCAGUGCAGGUGCCAACUCCUUGAAGAGGCACCGGGAGAACUGCAACAGUCCUGCUUCAGUAGAAGGGCUGUUCGAUCAAGGAUCUUACAUGAUGAAUGGAGAAUUGAUGAAUGGAGAGUUAAAGCAUGCACUCACUGAGCAGUCCUUUCAGCCCAAGAAACUUAAAGUAGAUUCUGAAAUUAAAGGAAAUGACGACAUAAGCUCCAGUUUGGUGGAUAGCUUUCCUGCAUUGACAAAGGCAACAGAGUUUGAAUGCAAUACCCCACAGACAGAGAUUAAGUUCGACAAGAGGAACUGUAAUUUUCUGCCAAGGAAUAAACAAGUUUUGAUUCAAAACGGUGCAGUAUCACCCCCCUCAACCCUAGAAAGCACUCCAGGCGAUCUUCUAGAGAAAACCUUGUCUCAGUAUUAUCCUGAGCAAGUGUCAAUUGCACCACAAACAUCUGGGCCACAGCUAGAUGCUGUCAAUGGUUCAUUGGCAAAUAAGCAGCCCAGUGAAGGUGCUCAGCCUCCCUUAACCUCAGGAUUGCCCAAUUCAGCUCAGAUGCCUGACUCGCAGCAACAGCAGCCUGGGGCAUCGAGCAAUGUUGAAGAUGGCAACAAUUAUAACUCUGUCAACUAUGUAGUGAAUGGAUACUCCAACAACUUUGAAGCAGACCACCAGCAGCAGCAGCAACAACAGCAGCAGCAGCAGCAACAGCAACAACAACAGCAGCAUCAGCAGCGACCACCAUCUUACUCUGGUCAAGAGCUGUCUCUUGGUCAGUUGCCUGGCAUGAUCUCACCUACAAAUACUGCCAAAAGCUCACAACAACAUCAAAAUGGCCCACGGAGCUAUCCAGACGACACAAAUCCUCAAGAUAUAUAUGCGAAGGCCAACCAAGAGUUUAACCAGAACUCUUUUCUGGAGCGCAACACUCUACCGGCAGAGACAGGUGGAUAUGGCCCCUUUCCCAACUCUGGGAUACAGAAGAUGGGGCAAAGUGAAGAACCCAGAUCUAGUCAGCAUCAGCGCCAUGGCACUGACAGAGGUCAACAGUAUGGGAUUCAACCCCAGACCUUUAAACAGAAUGUUGGGAACUCACAUGGAGCUGACAGUACAGGAUCCAUGGGGCCUAGUCUCCAGCAGCCACAUCAUGCUGGGUUAGAAAACGGGAUGGAAAACACGUCUCAGCAGAGAGCCAACUUGUCAGGUUCAAAUCCCCACCAGAGAGGCUGGGUAGAGCUGAACUCUUCACAUUCCCAGCAGCAACCAACAAGUGGCCCGUCAUCACAGGCACAAGAGCAGGACAUGUGGAGGGGCUUCCCUGCUAAGCCUCAGUCAGAACAGCAGAUAUCUAACCCCCAGGUUCACUGCCAGAUGUUGGAGCCAAAUCCAGCGCAAAGAUUCCAGACACCGUCAGGUUUCACAGAUAGCAGCAACAGCUUCCAGCAGCAACAGCAGGAAUGUCUCCUAGCCACACACUGUGCUCCAGCCCAGCACAACACUGCCCCUGAGUGGCAGCAAUCAAAUUCAAAAGCACCUCAAAUGCAGCAGCCUCUCCCCCAGAAAAUGCCUGAGCAGCGUAAUUUCCACCAAGAUCAGCAGGCAGACAGCCGCUACCACACCCAGAUGCAGUCAGAGCAUUUAUGUGAAGACCCUGACCUACAGGAUAUACUGUCACCUGGGUUUUUACCAACACAGCAACAGCAGCAACAACAGCACGGUCAUCUUCAACGUCCCCUUUCUCACCCACCACAAUUUGAGGACCAGCAACUCAAGUCUCCCGAUUACAGACCUCGCAGUCAACCACAGCCAGGUCAGAUUCAACCCAACCAGCCUCUGAGAAAUAAUUCUGCUCAAUCCAACAACCAACACAUCCAGCACAGUGAUCAUGCAACUUUCAGUUACAAUAACACAACAGAGAUGCAACAGCUUCAACAACAUCAAAGACAGUUUUCACCAAACUCAGGCAGCAGUAACCUCAAGCAAUUUCAACCACAGCGGCCUAACAACCACUGCCACCAGCCCAACCCUGCAGACUUCUCCCAGACAUCCACACAGUCACAACCUCACUUACCACAAGGCACGUUAAACCAACAGUUAUCAACACAGAUGUAUCCUAAAGCUGAACAGCAGCUGAAGAUAUCAUGCGCUCAGUUCCAAAGGGGACCUCGACUACCUCUGGCACCCCAUGGAGACGUUCAGAGGCAUGCAGCCCUGCGUAUGCACCUGCUACAAAGGCAGGAGCGCCAGGGCCCUCCUCAUCCCCUUCAGAGCACUAUUGAUCCCAAAUAUGGCCUGAGAGCUGUGAAAAUGGAAAACGAACCGAGAUUCGAGCAUCCUUGUUCACAGCAUCAGCAGGAGCAGCAGCAGUUACAGAUGCGAGAGGCAGGCAUAGGUGGAGUGCAAAUCAAGCAGGAGAAUCAAACACCCAUGUGCGAGCAAAGCAAGAGGCAGGGAAGCAUCCUGGACUCCAUGGAACAAAGCCUGAGGCAGUACCAGCUUUCCCCCGUGUUUGAGAAGAAAUCCCUUGUCGUCAAUCCAUUAAAUAAAGUCAAGGUGGAAUCUUCUGGGGCUAUCACAAUCCUGUCGACCAACACUGACCUGUGUGGAAUGGAAUCAUCGGCAGCUGCCCCACCCCCUGGAGCUCUAAAAAACCCACCUGAUUUCACCCCGAAGAAGGAACCACUCCUACAAAGCUUUAUGGACUCUCCUAUGAAGCUAUUGGAUACCCCUAUAAAGAAUCUACUGGACACCCCCAUGAAAACACAAUAUGACAUUGCAUCCUGCCACUGUGUUGAACAAAUUAGUGAGAAGGAUGAAGGCCCAUACUACACUCACUUGGGGUCAGCGCCCAGUGUUGCCGGUAUACGUGAGGGGAUGGAGAAAAGGUCUGGUCUAACUGGGAGUGCCAUCAGGAUUGAGAAGGUAAUAUACACCGGCAAGGAAGGAAAAAGUACACAAGGGUGCCCCAUAGCCAAAUGGGUAAUUCGUCGAUCAGGUGUAGACGAAAAGCUACUUGUUUUAGUGCGGGAACGCAGUGGACACAAAUGUGAGACAGCCUGCAUCAUUGUAGUAAUCCUGGUUUGGGAGGGCAUCCUGCCCAGCCUGGCUGACCGGCUCUACCUCGAGCUACGUGAAACUCUAACAAAGCAUGGAGCCCUCACCCAGAGACGAUGUGCUAUCAACGAGGAGAGGACCUGUGCAUGCCAGGGGUUAAAUCCUGACGCUUGUGGAGCAUCCUUCUCCUUCGGCUGCUCCUGGAGCAUGUACUACAACGGCUGCAAGUUUGCCCGGAGCAAAAUCCCAAGAAAAUUCAAGCUACUGGGAGAUGAUAUGAAAGAGGAAGAGAGACUGGAACACAACUUUCAAAAUCUAGCAACCUUAUUGGGUCCCUUGUAUAAAACUUUGGCCCCUGAUGCUUAUGGAAACCAGGUGGAACAUGAACAAAGGGCACCAGAUUGUCGUCUGGGGCUCAAGGAUGGACGUCCCUUCUCUGGGGUCACUGCUUGUCUGGACUUUUGUGCCCACGCUCACAGAGACCUCCACAACAUGCAGGGCGGUAGCACUGUGGUGUGUACAUUAACAGGUGAGGAUAACCGAGAGAUUGGAAAGAUACCAGAGGAUGAGCAGCUCCAUGUACUGCCUCUUUAUAAGGCUUCCAAAACGGAUGAAUUUGGAAGUGAGGAGGGUCAGCAGGAGAAAAUCAAGUCAGGCGCCAUUCAAGUCCUCAGUGCCUUCCGUCGUCAGGUGCGCAUGCUUUCAGAGCCCGCCAAGUCUUGCCGGCAAAAAAAGCUGGAUGCUAAGAAGGCAGCUGCCCAGAAAAAUGCAAUGCUGGACAAUGAAAAGGCAGAGAAGGCCCUCCUGGCUAGGUCAAAAGCUGGCACUUAUGAGCAUACCGCUCAGAGCACACCUAUGGCAGGACCUAUUCAAGGUGGUGUGGGAGCAAUCCUACAGUCAGGUCAGCCAACGCACCCCCUUGGGGCCCAUCAUCAGCAACUACAGCAACUACAGCAACAACAGCACCAGAGCAUUCUUCCCCCUUAUCCUGGCUCAACAAAUGUAGCCAGCUACCCCAGGUUCCCCAACCACCCAGGGUCUUUUCCAAGCACUUCCAAGCCAGGCAGCAUGUAUCCCCCUCAGCCUCAAACACCAACCAGCCCUUACCCCUCCCCGCUUCACGUACAGAACUCUUGCAUUAAUGGAUCAAAUCGUCCAUAUCCGGGUUAUCAAUGUAACGGAGGAAUGCCCCUUGACAAUUACCAUCCAUACUAUGCUUCAAACCCUAAGCACCUGGAUAUGUAUCGACAACAGCGACCAGCGCUUUACUCAGAGCAGCAGUACGGUGUACAUCAACGUUAUGAGGUCAAUUAUCCGCCAAGGUAUGGUGAUCCAGGUUUACAGGUGAACGGUUACAAUGCCUGCAGCAUGAGGCCAGUUCACCCCAUGAGACCUUACUCCCCUUAUGGUCCUAAUGGAGCCUCAGACUCCCAGUUUAUGGACCCCCUCUCACGAGCACCCUCAGCUCAUGGGGGUCUAGACUAUACAGCUGCUGUGAGCAAAGGCAAUCAGUUUGGAGGAUACCCAAAUCCAUACCUAUCUCGGAGCCCUCAAAUCUUAGCCCCAGGCCAAGAUCCUUUCCAUAUGCAAAUCAAGACCGAGAUGGGCAUGCCUCGCCCACAGAUGCAUUCUGCUCAGUUAGGUGGUGGGUGUUUAAACCCUGAAACACAGUCAGGGUUAGGUCUGCCUAAUGGGAGCAUCAUGGGCUCCGGUAUUAAGCAGGAGCCUGGAACACAGACGCCCACAACCCCUCAAAAGCCCGAGGUGUGGUCGGACAAUGAGCACAACUUCUUGGACCCCGACAUUGGUGGUGUAGCAGUGGCACCAAGUCACGGCUCAGUCCUCAUUGAGUGUGCAAAACGGGAACUACACGCUACAACACCCGUUAAAAACCCGAACCGCACCCACCCAACACGCAUCUCCUUGGUCUUCUACCAGCACAAAAAUAUGAAUGAGGCCAAGCAUGGUUUGGCAUUGUGGGAAGCCAAGAUGGCGGAGAAGGCUCGAGAGAAGGAGGAAGACGCAGAGAGGAAUGGUGGUGAAGGUACACCGAGCAAGGCCAAGAAGGGGGCGAAGCGUGAGCAUCCAGAGUCAACAGAAGCAACUGGGGAGCCUCCUUACAAGCGUUUUAUCCAGGCACUUAUGGAGGGGUCCUUGUCGUGCACAACAAACAGCUAUGUCAAUACAUCUCCGUACGCCUUCACCAAGGUCACAGGACCUUACAGUCAGUUUGUGUAAGAAAAACUCAAGAAGAACAACAUUUAGGGUGCUUUAUUUAUGAGACCACAUGCACCUCUGGCCUCAUCUGUGCACUUCUUCCUAUCCAUAAGGUUAAAAACAGUGUAGAAAAAGGAACCUGUGAUCAGAUGAUAUAAAUCGUCUUUCACCUCUUUAACAAUCAAGUUCUACUUGUUGACCCUUUUAAGGAUGUAUUUAUUUUUGUUUUGCAAGAUACACACUGUCGAAAUCUCUGGUGCUUUCAGUCGGAUACAUAAGGACCUAUUUUUAAUGGAAACAAAGUUUCAUGUUUGGUGGCUUUAUUUUUCUUACAAAAUUGUACUCUUGGCAUAAAACACUGACUUUUUAAAUGACAACAUUCACGGUGCUAAAGUGUGUGCUUAUUACCAUUUAUUUAAAUUCAAAUGCCUUCACACUAUGACGAUAACUCACUCUACGAGUGACACUCAAUGACUUAUGUCAACAGAACACUGAAACUAUGAUCCCAAGGUCAAAUGAUCAGCAUCACAAUGGUUUUUGGCAAGUCAGUGUUUCUUAGAGCACUUUUUUAAUAAUGUUUUAAAUCAUACAUACAAUCUGGUUAUACUUCAUUGCUACAUUAAGAGUAAUUCAUUUCUCAGCAUCACUCAAUUUAAAUUCAUAAUUUAUAACAGAGGAUUGCAUGAGCAAUCCAUGACACUGUUUUGGAUUCAUGCAAAAAUAUUUUUUUUAACUAUCAUUGUGUUGGUGCUUCUUUCACUUUCCUAUGUCAUUUAUACUGUAAAUUCUUAUGGUGCAUUUUUAAAAUUUUGAGGAAAAAAAAAGUCCACAUUUGUUAUUUUCCAGGUUUACUUUGUUGUCAACGACUGUUUUAAUGUUCCUUACCUUAGGUUCAUUGAACAAACCUGGACUGUGAAUAUUACAUGUAGUUGUAUGUCUGUGGUGCUUAGAAAAUGUGCUUUUUAUACACUGAGGAACAUGAAACAGGGUAAGCUCAGUGUCAGUUUCAGAGGGCAGCUGGCUUGCUGUGGGGUCUUUAAUUGUUGUAAUCUAACUGUAAGAUAAACAGGUGAGAUUUGUACAGUAAAUUAAUUUCCCUUUUUGGAAUUACGGUUAUAGAUUUUGUGUUGUAAAGAAUGCUAACAGCCCAUUUCAUUGUAUUUCUUUGGGUUUCAACUGAUUUUAUAUCAUAACGGUGCUAUCCAACCAACUAGAAACAUACAGUGUGAGACUUUUGGGCAGUGAGAAGGCUUUUAAAUAAUGUACAGUACAAACCUGUCAUAUACCUCAAAACUAGUUUGGCAAUAGGAUUAUAACAUAUUUUUCUUUCUUCCUUUGUAUAUUACUUUCAAUAUGUUAAUAACAGUUUGACUUCAGGCCACGAAAAGCAUAAAAGUUAAUUUCUUACUUUCUUAUCAAUCUGCUAGAAAGUCUAACUUGAACUCGAAUCUUUGAUGUUACUGUAAAAUCAGGGACAUUUUCAACUCGCUUUGUGUUCAUCGCCUGUAUUCAUCUGGUCUUUUUCUCAUUCAGGGAUUUACCAUUGCAUCCUGAAUCCACUUUUCGUCUCCUCUACUUCACAAAGAGAAUUAUUUUGUGAGGAAAAAGAUACUUUCCUGCAGUUAUUUUACUUCUAUUUUAGUUAGUGGGAUGGUGGUAAUCUUUAAAAAAAGUAAUUUGAACAAGCACUGAGUUGACUAAAGGGAAAGUUUGAUAUUGAUUUAGUAAAAAGUGAUGUAUUUGCUUUUGCUAUGAGGCAAGACCAGGGCAGUGAUUAACAUAGUUUCACAUCUUUGUGCCUGUGUAUAGUUAAAUUUAUUUAUAACCACUAAGCAAUUGUAUAAUGAUUUUUUCUUCCCUGUCUUAUUUGAUUGAAUUAAUGCGAUAUAUAGUGGAAUGACUGUCAUGUUAUAGUAACGACUUACCCCACUCUUCAACAUAUUCAUUUUCUGAAAGCACUUCAUUUCUUUUUCAGGUAAAAAAAUAUGUAAUAAAAAGAAUUACAAAAACGUUUUAUUUAAAUAGAUUGUAAAUGUGUUAAAAAAAUAAAAAUAAAUUAUGUCACAAUGUACAUACCAAGAACCUGUAUUGCAGGAAUACAACUCGUUCUUUGAUGUUGAUGUAGGUUCUUCUUCUUCUUCUUCUGUCGAAUUGACGCCACAAGCUCACAUCAGCAAUCCUCAUAUCUUUAAAUAUGAUUUCGGCUCUUUCAGGUGAACAGAACGAUCACGGUUAGAUGAUCCAGGAAGUCUGUAAAUGUACGCUCACUGUCACGGCAAUGUUUACAGUUAUAGUAUCCUGUUGGCUCAGACGUUAGAAGUUCUAGUUUUUUUUAACUGUUCCAAUUUUGUAAACAAAUAUACAUUUAAGAAAAAAAAAAAAAAAAAAAAGUUGAAUUGCGUACAGGACCCAGCUACCG